CUCGUAUCAUAUCAUUCUCUGAGCCCCUUGCCUAAGCGACGCGCCCUUUCCUUGUGCCUUCUUGCUAACCACUCAGAAAAGUAGAGGUCUCUUUUGAACAGAUGGCUCCGGCAAAGGCAGAGAAGAAGCCAGCGGAAAAGAAGCCGGCCGAGAAGGCACCAGCGGAGAAGAAGCCCAAGGCGGAGAAGAAGAUCUCAAAGGAGGGAGGCGACAAGAAGAAAAAGAAGGCCAAGAAGAGCGUCGAGACUUAUAAAAUUUACAUUUUCAAAGUCUUGAAGCAGGUCCACCCUGAUAUCGGUAUUUCCAGCAAGGCCAUGGGUAUUAUGAACAGUUUUAUCAAUGAUAUAUUCGAGAAGCUUGCACAGGAGGCAUCUCGACUGGCUAGGUAUAACAAGAAGCCGACUAUUACUUCUCGGGAGAUCCAGACCGCUGUGCGAUUGGUGCUGCCUGGAGAAUUGGCUAAGCAUGCUGUUUCCGAGGGAACCAAGGCCGUGACAAAGUUUACGAGCUCGUAAUUUGGAUAGGAUCUGUCCUGCGAUUAGUUUGAGAUGUGGCGGUUCGUCCUUUUAUUUUGGGGAUCUAGGGUUUUCUGUCUAGCCCAAUCGGUUCCUGUCUGAUUAGGGUUUAUCUUUAUUUUCCUUUCUCGAUUUCUGGUGCUGCAUAUGUAAUGCUAUGAACAGUUCUUAAUUAAAUAUUUGUUCAGAAUA